AUGAAGAGACAAAGACGUAACAAAUUGAAGUAUACAAUUAGUAAUGAUCACCAUCGAAUUUUCUUCAACCUAAGCCUAUACCUCCUGUCAUCUUUCGGGAAAACUCCGUAUAAAAAAACAGGGAAGAAAACUGUGCUAUCUCAGGGAUCCAGUUGGGGAUAUUCUGCCGACAACGGUCCUGACAAAUGGGCUGAAAAAUAUCCUCUCUGUGGAGCAUCUUCUCAAUCUCCUCUAGAUCUAGAUGUUUCAACUGCUCCAGCUAGUAAUGUCACUGGGGCUUUGGAGUUCAUCGGAUAUGAGACUCCUCUGCCAGCUACAGUCAGUCAAAACAGCCACACUUUCACCUUAAAACCUAUAGAAGCCAAGACUGCAAAGUUGUGUUUAAAGGAAGGAUCCGAGAAACUUUUAUUCUGUCCAGGUGAUAGUCUUCCCACAAUCAAAGGUGGAAGUCUUCCCGUUGGUGAAAUAUUUGAAUUUGCUCAAUUCCAUCUCCAUUGGGGAAAAGAUGAUACCAAGGGGUCUGAACACAGACUGGUUGGUGCCAUGCUCCCAGCUGAAAUCCAUUUGGUGCACUGGAAUAAGAAGUAUGGGGAUUUCGGGACUGCAGCAGCUCAAUCCGAUGGACUAGCAGUUGUGGGUUUCUUUUACCAGGUUGCAGCCAGCUCUAACGCUAAAUACACCCCUAUUCUUGACGGAUUAAAGAAGCUUCCUGGAACUGAAAACAAUUUUGAAGUUGACAUUGGGUCCAUCACCCUCAACGACUUAAUCCCUGCAGGAGCAACGGAUCAUCUCCAUUAUAAGGGUUCCCUAACAACACCCCCCUGCUUGGAAUCUGUUUUCUGGAAUGUUUUCACUGACAAAAUUGAUCUUUCAGACGCCGAUUUGGCCGUUAUCCGAGGAGUUACCGACGAGACAGGAAAAUCUCUCAGUGAUAACUACAGACCACCUCAGCCAUUGAAUGGUCGCACGGUUUACUCCUUCAAGAAAGCUUGAACAAGAGGAAAAAGGAAAGAAAACAGAAGAAGUUUUACUUUAGUUUAUUUGCAACUUUUUAGCAACAGCACACUUUUUUUAUUAUUUAUAAUAAUCUUUUAAUAAUAAUAAACAAUAUGUUUUCUUA